CUUUAUACGGGUCACCGAUGGCUCCUAAAAUUACUUGUUUAAACUCUACUCACCCCGUUACACGCACACCUUUCAGUUUUGUGAGACCGAUACUUGACGUUUGACUGACGGACUACCAAUAUGAAUCUUUCUGGGUAUGACAAUCUACCGGAUGAAUCGCCUAUUGGACAAAGACACAAAAGGAAGGACAGCACAAGAGAGCUAAAUGGAAGUUAUAUUCUUGCUUGUAGAGGAGAAGAAAGUUUGGAAACGAGUGGAUUUGACCCAUUGUCUCCGGUAUCUUCGAAGGGGAGACCAAAGGUUCAUAAAGAUUUGACAGUGUACAGCAGUGUCGCUUUGGACGAGUCUGAUUAUACUAAUAACACAACAGAAGAACUAAAACCAAAACGAUCUAGAAUUAUACACGAUAGUAUUGCUGAUAAAUCUCUACCCAACCCUCAUAAUACAACGUGUGACGAUACUAGACUUCUCUGUGACAGUAUAGCUGAUCUAACCACACUCCCCAAUCCUGAAAGUGAUAGUGAUGCACCGCAUUGUAGAAUCUGCCAUGAAGGAGACGAAGAGGAGGACCUUCUAUCGCCAUGUUUCUGUUCGGGAUCUGUCGGAGCUUUACAUAUGUCAUGUCUUGAAAAGUGGUUAGGAGCAUCCGAUAAAACAAGAUGUGAAAUUUGUGGAUUCCAAUUUUCAAUUUCGAAAAACCCAAAACCAGUCACAUGGUUCCUUAAAAACAAGUCAUUAGGAAGAGAAAGAAGAUAUUUAAUUGCAGAUAUUGGUUGUGCCAUUUGGUUCACACCAUUUACAAUUGGUUCCUUCACUGGGUGCAUGAUUGGUGCCAGCUAUUUUACAUCUGUUGACAAAGACUGGCAGGCAACAACACUUAUUCUUCUAGCCAUGAUCAACCUUCUGAUUUUCUCUUUGUGGUGUGGGUUUACAAUCAGGCGGAACUAUAUUCUGUGUUCAACAUGGCGAGAAAACUUUCAAGAGAUAAAAAUCAAAUAUAAUCCACCCGACAAAAAUAAUAACAAACAAACUGUCAGCCGAGGAAGUUCUGUCACUGACCGAAUGCUUCUGGAAAACAGCUUUAAAACAGUGCAUGCGGGAAAGACUUCUCCAGAGUUUCCAGCAAAACCAAUUAUCAGAAAAAUAACAUAUGAAACUUCUCCCAAACACAGAAAACAACACUGUCACAUUGAACUGGAAGAAGAGGAUUCGACUCUGCAACCAGGAACACCAUAUCCAAAGCGUAAACAAAGUUCAAAAAUGAAAAGAUGCUGUGCUGAUAAAACAAUGACGGAAACUCUCCCACCAAAUGAAUUAACAAUUUUAGAGGGUAAAAAAGUUAGAAAAGUAAGAAACAAACGUGUCGAUCAUCUUCAAAAUAAUUCCACUUCUACACCAGCCAAGACGAAUUCUGGAAUGCAUAAUAUCUUUGAUGAGAACCACUGUUCAGCUACACCUAUACAGCUUGUGCCUUACCAAAAUAUACAAUCCGAUAUAAUAUAUGCUAAUCCUGCUGCUGUAGAUCAUCCAGGCAUGUUUGUGGAAACUCCUUUUGCGAUCGUGCAUACAAACGUUGCUACUCAAAGUAUGACGAGACAAGGACUUAUUUUCCAAGCUCCCCCAAAAGCCCGACGGUGUGAAGAAGCUAUGGCGAUGCCACCUGAUGAUAUGGACAAUGGAAUACAAGACGUUAGCUAAUAACUUCAUAGUGCUAGAUAUUGUGUAAACAUUGUUAUAUUCUAUUUGCAACUGAAAAUCAUUCAUUAUCUAUCAAUUAUCACUGUCUUGUCUCAAAAUAUAGAAUUGCAUUCAAAA